AUGGUCCCGCCGGCUCGCACGACUCCGGUCCCGCUUGGCGCAGCGUCUCUGCAGUCGCUGCUGCAGCCGCCUGGCCCCGAUCAGCAACCUGCGGCGGCGGGGAAGAGAGACAGACGGGGGCGGGUGAAGGCGGGCGGAGGAAGCCCGGGAGACCAAACCCCUGACUGCGGGCAGCCGGGCCGCAGCCGCGAGGUUGGGAGGGCAGCUGUCUGCGGGCGCUCGGGCUAUGCUCCGUGCGGCCCGCGCCCCAGUCCCCGGCCCGCCGCACUCUGGGCGGCGGCUGGCGCAGCUGGGCCCGGGGGUCCCUGGGGUUCUUGUCAUCACCUGCGGAAGCGUCCAUGGCUUGGGCUGGCCCUGCCGGGACAGCCGGAUCGAGCUCCGGAGCCCCUGCUGGAGGCGGCUAGCUGGGUGCUCGCCGGGGCUGGGGCUGCCGGGAGGGAGGCGGGGAGGGAGAGGUGGAUGCAGGGGCCGAGCCAGUCGGCGGCUCGCCGGCAGCUGCGUAAGCCGCCCGUCUUCACUUUCCUUCUUAAAGAGAUAGUUGGUGUCUCGCUCCCGAGGGCCCUGAGUUGGGACACAGGCCCGCCGGAAGUGGGACCCUCUCCCCCCAAGGUACGCCAGCCUGUGCUUUCCAGAUUUUGGUUUGACAUGAGACCAGGCUGAGGGCUGGUACCAAGCACAUAGACUACAGAGAAAAAUGAUCUUAACUAUCCGAAAACAGAAGUACUUUCGUCUGAAGUAUGAAAAUGGUGCUUCAUGGGAGGAUAGUUGGAGGAUUAGCUGAAACCCACGAAGUCUACAUUUCCCAGAAGUCUUUCACAAGGAACUUGUCCAAAGCAAGAGAGCUUCUCUACUCAUUCCCAUCAGAAGUGGUGUUAGGGGCUGGCGCUGUGGCACAGUGGGUUAACACCCUGGCCUGAAGCACCGGCAUCCCAUAUGGGCACCAGUUUGAGACCUGGCUGCUCCAUUUCCCAUCCAGCUCUCUGCUAUGGCCUGGAAAAGCAGUGGAAGAUGGCCCAAGUCCUUGGGUCCCUGCACCCGUGUGGGAGAUCUGGAAGAAGCUCCUGGCUCCUGGCUCCUGGCUUCGGAUGGGCACAGUUCUGGCCGUUGUGGCAAUUGGGAAGUGAACCAUCGGAUGGAAGACCUUUCUCUCUCUCUGCCUCUCCUCUUUGUGUAAC